AUGCCGACUAGCGAGCAAUAUCGUGCCUUUCUUUGGUGGUUUUAUCCUAAUUUUCUGGGAUUAUCACUAAUGAGUCAGACAUUCGUCAUCUACGUGAUUGUAUACCACACUCCGAAAAACCUACAAAGAUUGAAAGCAAUACUGAUAAACACGUGCUUCUUCCAAGUGAUCCACGUGACAGUAUGCUUUGUGAUGCAGUUCCGACAAGUCUCUAGUUAUACUCCUAUGGAAAUUUGGAGCUAUGGCAUAGGUCGACAUCUAGAAGCGUAUAUAGGUUAUUCAUUAUAUCAUGUAAUGCAGACUGCAACAUUUGUGAGUGGAAUAUCGGUUGUGAUUACCCUAUUCUUGAAGUACGAAGCUGCAAGAGUAGUGAAGUUAAAGCAGACAACAAGAGUUUUAAUAAUUACUGGUAUCCUGACACCUCUUUUCAUCUCUAUAACCAUGGAAAUCAUUCUUGUUACUACUCAAGCACUACCAUCACAAAUACGGGAACGCUAUGUAAUGAUAAAUGCUAACAAUACGGAUCAUGCAGUAAUUGGGAUUCUCAGCUUUGAUGUGUUAGCUAGUCAAGUUAAUGCUAUUACCAUGUCAAUAUCAGUGGUCUUGUUUCCUGUUGUUGGCUCCACCUCUCGAUCGAAAAUAUUGAAACAUAUCCGUAAUACGUCAGAUCGCGUCUCGGCUGCGAAAAAUGCUCAAAACAAAAUAUUUGUGCAGGCCGCCACACUAUUCAGCAGUGUUAUUACAUUUCUCACAAUAUAUUUGAAAUAUGAGGCUGCAAGUAGCUUCAAACAAGCCAAAACUCUUCGGGUCAUUGUUAUCAUCCUACUAUUUGCUCCUAUUAUUAUUCUAUCAGGCGCAGAAGCAUAUCUCAUCAUAACAAAUGCGUUACCUGCUGAAAUUCAAGAAAAGUUCAGCACAAUCAACAUCGAUUCUUCUGACCACUCAGUCAUUGGGUAUAUCACAUUGAAAACUUAUUCCAGUGUCAUUAUCUUUGUAAUCCUGUGUUGCUCUGUAUUUAUCCUUCCGCCAAUUGGUUUUUUUGUAAGAAGGAAGAUAUUGAACGUUGUCACUUCAAAUAUAGACAGAAAUUCUUCACUCAAAAAAUCACAGAGUCGCAGUUUCAUUAAUGGACUAACGCUCCAAGCUUUUCUUCCUCUCAUUUGCUACACUCCAAUGUUUAUUUAUCUUUUUGUCAUUCUAGUGACAAAAUCCGAGAUGUUGUUCGAACAAUAUUUUAUCGGGGUAUUUACUAUCCUACCAACACUAUGCGAUUCGUUCAUCACGAUGUAUUCAGUGACUCCAUAUCGGAAACAGAUAAGAACAUGGCUUGGAAUGGAAAAAACGGAGCAGAUGGUGAUGGUGGCUCCUCAUUCGCAAAUGUUCUGA